UCCUUUGCAGUCGAAGUCCGUGAAGGUUCACAGAUUUUUCUUAAAAAGGACACGUACAACUUAUGUGACGGGUUGAGUUGCAGGUGAAACUUAGCUGUUGGUUUUGUCCAACGUUGCCCUACCCUUAAUUCAGGGGUUGUCUGCGCUACAGCACCGAUACAAAAUGGAGGUGAACGGUGGGCCUGCUCCCGCCAAGCAAGGCGCGGACGAUGACCAGACGAUCCCGUUGCAGAAAUACAGGACAACUCUGUACAUGAAUUCUGACCAGGGGCCAGAAAAGCUUCAGACCACAGGGCCGAAGUUUAAGACGGCACUGUAUACCAAGACAGACACGGGAGAUAUGGUGGAACUUAAUUUAAAUGAUGACAGUGACGCAGAUGAUAGCAGGAAGCGUCACGAAGGUCUCAAUUUCCAGCAGACAAUAUUUCUCAUUGCUGGCUACUGCCCAGGUUUUGCAGCAACGAUUAUGAUGGUAGCCAUCGUCAACACAGGGUGGGUAGGCUUUCUGGUUUUUGCCGCCCUCAUAUUUCUCUUGGCCUAUGCCGCCAUACUGCUUGGAAGCUGUUGGAAUAUGGUGCGAGUGGCGUGGUUUGAAGACCUCAACCCUUAUGGCGCCAUAGCCUACGAGGCCUGCGGAACCUGGGCCAGGCACACGGUGAACGUUUUGGUUGACCUGGCGAGUUUUGGUGGUGGAACGGUCAUGCUUCUGGCAACCUCGGAACUGAUACUCGUGGUCAUUGGUCCUCAGCUGUACGGCACCUAUUGCUACUGGCCUCUCAUCAUAGGAGCCAUAAUGUGCCCAGCGAUAUGGGUAGGGAUGCCCAAACAUUUCUGGUUACUCGGGGCGCUGAGCAUCGUCACCACUUUGCUAGCCAUACUCCUCAUCUUCAUCGACGCAGCGAUCUACCUGCACGGGAAUGGACGGGCCCUUGCCGAGUUCCAGCCACCCAUUGAGUCCUGGGCUUUUGGCAAGCUCAUCGGUGCUACAAUUUUCCUGCUUGGUGGGCACUUUGUCUAUCCUGAGAUUCAGCGGGCCAUGAAGGAGCCGGGGAAUUUCGAUCGGAGCGCCCUCACGACUUUUCUACUGAUUGUCGUCUUUCUCUUUCCGACCUUGCUGGUUGUCUUCGUCACCUAUGGGGACAUAAUUGCCCCGAAUGAUAUCGACCUGGAAGCCGGCCUCUUGUCGGUUCUCCCCCGGGGCGCCUUGGUGGUGAUUCCUGGCCUACUCUUGCUGAUCAGCAGCGCCUCCGUCAUGCUAAUCAUCAUCAACCCACUCUUCAGUCAUCUUGAGGAGGUUCUGAACAUUCAGGAAGGUAUUAAUUGGAAGCGCAUCCUCCUUCGUACUUCUGUCAUCAUCUUGAUCGUCUUCCUGGCGGAAACGGUGAACGAGUUCGCCUUGCUCGUCACCGUGGUUGGAGGCGUCGUGUUCCCUUUGCUGACCUUCCUGGCUCCCGCUGUGUCUUACCUGCGACUGCGAUCCAUGCAUAUGCCUGACAGCUUCUCAGAGCGCCCGAAAAUGCACAUCUUUGAGAGUAUCGUCUCAUUCCUCCUCAUCCUCGUUACUCCGGUAACGGUCAUCGCUGUCCUGGCCAUUACCAUCGUAGCUCUUACCAAUGACCAGACAGGCUACGUGAAACCGUGCUAUGUCCAGUACAACGCGACUAGCGUCGAAUGGGCAAAUGAUACAUUGCCGACCAACGCCACAUGGGCAAAUGAUACAUUGCCGACCAACGCCACAUGGGCAAAUGGUUCAUCGCUGACCACUGUUGCCAUGUGAGCAAAACCAUGACGUGUUUACGAGAAGCCUUGUGUAUUGUGAUUAAAGUCUAUUUGACAAAAAAUGAGAGCAGUUUUCCAAGUAACUUUGAAGUGGCUGACAACUGAAUUAUAGAAAUUUUUGACAAAAUUGUUGAAAUAUUUCUCGAAGCGCAGAAGUGCAGGGUAAUCCGGUAUUCUGCAGGUGGUACUCAAUCACAACAUGAUAUUAUAAACACUUUCAUAUUUUUGUAGGUUUUUAUGUACAUGUACUAACACAAUCCACAAAGUGGAAAAAGAAACGCCAACCAUCCCAUUCAAGAAUGUGCACGUCUAUAACAAAAGAAUAUCACGGCAUGUAAUACUGGUAAUGUAAAUGAUGGUAAAGUUGUGUAGUUAUCGAUCUACUCUUCUGCAGGAUCAGCAGUACAUGUUUUUGCUGUUACAGUGGAGUGAUAUUUUAAACAAUGAUUGCCUCGAUGCUUCUGCCAUAAUCAAGAGCAGAUCAACAAACAAAUAAGCAAACAAACAAGCCAUAAAAAUAAACAAACAAAAACAAGUACACACACACCAAUGAAAAAAAAAGCAAUACAGAUCGGAAAGUAAGCCGUUUGGGAGUAAGCAAUAAUGGACGGUUUCUUUUUGUUAACUCUAUGGUCUUUCUGAGAUGGUAGGCUAAAUUGUUUGGUCGAUUUUCUUGACACUUUAAUUAAAGGGAGGAAAGUAAAUGGAAAAAAUACAAACCAGUAUUCCCGUCUGCUUUGUUUGACCCCUUCUUCAAGACAAGGGAGGGAGUUGCUCAUUUAGGUAUCUCACAAGAGUUCAUUGAUAAUAUAAUAUGCUUUGCCUAUAAUUUGUGUAUUAUUUUGUAUCUGUACAAAAAUAUUGGGUACAGUUACAAGGUGGAGGUGUAGCUUUCUUAUAGUACUAUAUUUCCCUGUUAAAAAUCGACUACAGAUUCUUAUCUUUAAAUUAUAGAUUGAGGCAUGAAAUGUGGCAAAUAUACUUAUUUUUUAUCUGCUGUGCUAUAAACGAUAAUAAGCACUUUGUGACAUAUUAUUUGGUCAGUAUUUGAAAAGUUUUCCUUUAUUCCUUCUACGGCGCCUAUUUAAAAGAGUAUUUGUUUUAAAUUCUUCAACUGGACAAAAUUGUUAAACGUUUCUUCAAAUAAAUAAGUGUAAAAGACAAUAUUGGUCCUAGUUUAAAAUCUCAAAUAUUAGGCUUGUCCACAUUAGGAUGCAUAGUACAAACUUGCACACGUAAAUUGUUGCCAAGUUAAGCCGUGUUUAUAUCUUAAUAUUGCACGGAGUCUUAAUACUUAAUCCUGAAAGAACUUAAUUAUGUAUGCAAGGUACAAAAUCACUCUCUGAAGAGGCUUUGAAGAUUUUCAGAGGUGAGAUGUAGAAUAUAUGCGUUGCGUGUGCGUUGCUUAAAUUUAAUCUGGCCACAAUGAACUUCUUUAACAGCAUUAGAAUUGGAAUGCACUGAUGUACGUUUGCUUGCAUAAAAGAAAGCAAACCGUCUGUAUUCUGUAAUUUAGCAAGUUGUUUCCCGACAUCACGAAAGGCUCACAAGAAUUUGAGACACAAAUAGAAUUGCAUGGGAUCAUGAAGGUCCUUUUCAUGUGAAAGCAAAUCUGACCCCUCUGUUUGCUCAAGGGUACAUUAAACUAUGAAAUAUUCGAAAUCGCUUCGGAUGCAUUUGGAGCCCUUGGUGUCAGUUUCAAAGGUAAUGUUCUCCUUUGGUUGGGUUCUGGGACGCCCUGCUGCUCCCCAACCUGACGUCUGUUGAGUCUCACUGUAAAAAAUUAGAAAUUUAUCUUAUAAUUCAUAUUAUUUAGAUCAUUUGGUUCGGAUAGAGAAGGCUUAUGUUCUUUUGGUUCCCCGCAGAAAUUGCAAACCAGAGGAAUAACGCAAGGAUUCGGUUUGUUAAAAGUUUAAAGUCUAUUAGCAUUUUGAUUCUUGUGUUUUGAGAAAUAAAAGUUUUAAAUAGCUUGCACUGAAAGUAAAAGAAAUUA